UUACAGGGCUUAUUAUUCAAGCCUGGAGCAUUCCUAUUGUCGGUGUUUCCUUCUAACCUUCAACUUAUCCCUUCAGAUAUGACAGGGCCAAAGUUCGCGAUGUGGAAAUGGUUUUAGAUCUUGAAUGGAUUCCAAGAGUGGAUGAAGAAAUUAUGUGCCAUAAUUGAAGGAAUCAUCGAGGUAAUCGCCACGUCUUACAGAACAUAAGUUCACCGCGAAGAUGAACAGCAAGGACAGAGAUGCUUUUGCAAACAUCAGUCGGAAGCCAGGCCUGCAGAUAUGGACCAUCAAUAAAAUGCGGAUGGCGCCGGUUCCGACCAAGGCCUACGGUAACUUCUUUGAGGGGGACUGUUACAUUAUUCUGAAUAUCAGCAAGAAUAAAGGUGCGGGAGAGUCGAUCGACAUCCACUAUUGGAUAGGAAAGACCUCCUCCCAGGACGAGCAGGGAUCUGCAGCGCUCUACGUCACCCAGCUGGAUGAGUACCUGGGUGGGUGCCCAGUGCAGUACAGGGAGGUGCAGGGCUUCGAAUCGCCAAAGUUCAGGAGCUACUUCAAAAAUGGCCUGAUCUACAAGAAGGGUGGAUUGGCCUCAGGUUUUAACCACGUCGACACGAACGUCUACAACGUCUUGCGGCUGCUGCACGUCAAAGGGAGGAAGCACGUUUCAGCGUCAGAGGUUGAGGUGUCAUGGAACAGCUUUAACAAUGGAGACGUGUUUCUUCUGGACCUUGGUAAAACCAUCAUUCAGUGGAAUGGCCCUGAGUGCAACAGGAGGGAGAAGCUCAAGGCAGUGUUGCUGGCACAGGACAUCCGGGACCGGGAGCGCGGAGGUCGCGCUGACAUCCAUGUCGUGGAGGGAGCGCAGGAGAAGGACACACCUGAGCUGGUAAAAACGAUGACCGACGUGCUCGGCAAGAGACCCGGCCAGCUGAAGAAGGCCGUUCCUGAUACCAAACACGACGAAGAGCAGAACAACAACGUCAGGCUCUACCAUGUUCAUGACAACAGCGGGAACGUAGUGAUCCAGGAAGUGGGCAUACAGCCUCUAACACAAGAUCUGCUGCGCUCCUCUGACUGCUAUAUUUUGGACAACAGAGGCUCUAAUGUGAUGGUCUGGAAGGGCAAAAAGGCCUCAAAGAAUGAGCGUCGAGAGGCCAUGAAGAGAGCAGUGGACUACAUUAAAACCAAAAACUACCCGUCCAGCACCAGUGUGGAGGUGAUGAGUGAAGGAGGAGAGUCAGCGAUGUUCAAGCAUCAGUUCAAAACCUGGAGGGAAAAAGGCCAAAUUACCGGUCUGGGCAACACCCACACUGUGGGAAAGAUAGCCAAGGUUGAGCAAGUAAAGUUUGACGUGAAGGAGCUCCACGCUCACCCUGACAAGGCGGCAAAGCAGCACUUGGUUGACGAUGGUUCAGGAGACGUGAAGGUGUGGCGCAUUGAGAAACUGGAGCUGGCCGAGGUGCAGCCUAAUACGUACGGGCAGUUUUACGGAGGAGACUGCUACUUGGUGCUGUACUCAUACCAGGUGUCGAACAGAGAGCGCUACAUACUCUACAUGUGGCAGGGACGUCACGCCACCAAAGACGAGAUCACUGCCUGCGCCUACCAGGCUGUCGCCAUUGACAACAUGUACAACGGCGCCCCCGUCCAGGUCCGAGUGGUGAUGGGAAAGGAGCCUCGCCACUUCCUGGCAAUUUUCAAAGGAAAACUCAUCAUUUUCGAGGGGGGAACAGGGCGGGCUGGCGCAGCCCCCCCUAAAACCAGCUGCAGCCUCUUCCAGGUGAGAGGAACCAACGAGCUGAGCACAAAGGCCACCGAGGUCCCGGCGAGGGCUUCGUGUCUAAACAGCAACGACGUUUUCCUGCUGAAGACCAGCCAGAAAUGCUACCUGUGGUAUGGAAAGGGUUGCAGCGGAGACGAGAGGAUGAUGGCGACGGAAAUGUGCGACCGCCUGUUCAGGCAGUACAAGGAGGUGGUGAUGGAGGGCCAGGAGCCAGCGGAGUUCUGGAUCGCUCUGGGGGGAAAGGCCCCCUACGCCAGCGACAGCAGACUGGAGAGAGAGAAUCUGCUUUACGCCCCGCGGCUGUUCGAGUGCUCAAACCAAACGGGUUGCUUCAGGAUGACGGAGGUGUACGACUUUGACCACAGUGACCUGGACGAAGAGGACGUGAUGCUGCUGGACACCUGGGAGGAGAUUUUCUUGUGGAUUGGAAGGUUCGCCAACGAAACUGAGACCAAAGAGGCUUGGAACAGCGCGCACGAGUACCUGAGGACCCACCCGGCCGGCCGAGACCCCGACACGCCCAUCAUCCUUGUGAAACAGGGAUUUGAGCCGCUCACCUUUACCGGCUGGUUUAACGCAUGGGAUCCUUUUAAGUGGAGUGACCUGAGCGCCUCCGACCUGAAUAAAGGUCUUGAUGUGACGGAUGGCUACAGUGCUCCUGGAGGCCCUGCAAGCUCGUUUCCGAUGUACAAGACCCACGGCGGGUUCCAGUCGCCCACCAGCCCCACUCUCACCAGCCCAUUCAAAGGCCCCUACUCCCCAACCGGUGGCAGUGGGAUGUCUGUGGACCCUAAGAGCCUCAUUAAUGUGCCUGUCGAUGCGCUUCCAGAGGGAGUGGACCCCAGCCAGCGAGAGGACUACCUGGCUGAUGUGGACUUUGAGAACCUGCUGGGUGUAAGUCGAGCUGAGUUCCUGGGUAUGCCCAAAUGGCGUCAGAUCGACCUGAAGAAAAAAGCCGGCCUAUUCUAGGAAGGACCUACCUGAAAGGAUUUCACAGUAGCGGCGCCAAACCAGUCCGCCGGGCAUACUGAGAAAUGCAAGCCAAAUCCUGUUUAUUCAGAAGCAGCAGCAGUUCAUCAGAAUAACUUAUUCAUUUUAAUGUUUUCAAACCGCUGAACAAGUUCAGGUGAUUCGCAAAGAAAAUCCACUUCAGAUAAACUGAUUGACUUUUUGUUUUAUUUAAUAGAUGUGCUCUGUACUCACGAAUGUAUUCAAAUGUUUUCAAGCUGAUCACAUGAUAAAGUUGCCUUUGUCAUUGCCACGAAUCACAGAAUGUAAUAAAUAAACACAGAAAGCC